AUGAGUGACAUGGAAAAGGGAAUUGCCACCAUCCGCCACCAUCUAAAAGACCCAGACAUAAUAUCCACCGACUCAGAAGACCUUCUAGCACAUGGGUACUCAGAGUGGUCAUCUGUGAAUGUAGAAACAUUACCCGUGGCCGUUGCCUACCCGAAAGACACGGAGCAAGUUCGCACUAUUGCGCGGAUCUGUCACAAAUGGCGGAUACCCAUUAUCCCCUUCAGUGGGGGGAGUAGCGUGGAGGGGCAUGUCUCUGCGCCUUUUGGCGGAAUUAGUCUUGACUUUACAUUUAUGGAUAAGAUUGUUCGGGUUGAUGAGGAUGAUAUGGAUGUCGUUGUGCAGCCGGGUGUGUGUUGGUCGGAUUUGAAUCGGGAGUUGGAAAGGAUGGGGAGUGGGCUUUUUUUCCCUAUUGAUCCUGCCCCAAUCGCAAAAAUAGGCGGAAUGAUCGGCACAAACUGCUCCGGAACAAACGCCGUCCGCUACGGCACAAUGAAAGACUGGGUGAUAAAUCUAACGAUCGUAUUAGCGGACGGCACCCUCAUAAAAACGCGUCGACGGCCCCGUAAAUGCUCAGCCGGGUAUAACUUGAACGGAAUACUAGUUGGAUCCGAAGGCACGCUUGGAAUCGUGACCGAGGCAACACUCAAGCUCGCGGUCCGGCCGCAGCAUUACUCUGUUGCCGUCGUGCCAUUCAAUGAUCUGACUUGUGCUGUGUCUGCCGCUGCGGAUGUCAUUCGAAGUGGUGUGCCUGUAGCGGCAUUGGAACUUAUGGACGAGGCGCAGAUGAGGAUUGUUAAUGAUGGAGGGGUCACUCGACCGCGGGUAUGGCAAGAAGUGCCGACUCUAUUCGUUAAGUUCUCUGGUACGGUGGCGUCUGUUGAGGAUAAUAUUGACAGUGUGAGGGAGAUUGUGCGGGCGUAUGAGCCGGGUGAGUUCGAGUUUGCUAAGGAUGAGAAGGAGCGGGAACUGUUGUGGUCGGCGAGGAAGGAGUCUUUGUAUUCGCUUUUGGCGAUGAGGAAGGAUGGGAAUACCGACGUCGCCGUUCCCCUCAGUCAUCUAGCAGAAAUCGUACAAGCCAGCAAAGAAGACGCAAAGAGACUUGACCUAAACGCUUGCAUAAAGGGCCACAUUGGAGACAGCAAUUUUCAUGAGAAUAUCACCUACGACCCCUCAAAUCCCCAAGAGGUUGAAAAUGUCAAACUUGCCGUGAAGAACAUGAUAUCUCGCGCCCUGGAAAUGGAUGGCACUUGUACCGGUGAACAUGGAGUCGGGCUUGGGAAGAAAACUGCACUUCUUUCUGAGGUUGGAAAUGAUACAAUUAUGGUGAUGGUGAGUGGCGAUUUGUGCGAGACAAAUCAUGAUCCUACCCUAGCCGGGGCAGUCUCGUGGCCUGGGCACUGGCAGUCCAUUUCUGACGAGUUCUGUCUACUCUACCAGCGUCUAAUCAAAGGGGCCCUCGAUCCUAAUUGGAUAAUGAACCCAGGGAAAGUGUUUGAUCGCUAG